UGAACGCCCUAAUUAUUUGUCUACACUGGAGAAUUUCAAAACAUGAACAUACAUAACAUUAAACAUAGAAAUAGAAUCUAGUCUAGAUCUAGACUCUAGUCUUUAUUAAAUAAGUCUAUCUAGAUGUAGAUCUAGAUUUUAUAUUAUUCUAUUUCUAGUAAUCUUAGAUCUAGACUAGAGUGAGUAGUGCACUAGACUUUCAACUUGAGUCUUGACUAGACUCUAACUCUAGUAGAGGUAAUGAGUUAAAUGAGAGUACUAAAUCUGUACUAGUAGAUCUAACCAUGGCUGGAAAGGAUUUAUCCAAAACGUUUGAAGACAUUGAAUCAGAGGACUUAAGUCUUGAAACAAGUCUACCAACAGAUCUAACAAUGUCACCCGAUCACAGUGAAUUAAUAGAUGUCCGGAACAAGAAGAAACAUAUCACAAAGCAUUUAAUAGAGAGAAAACAACUUCUUCAUGACAUUCAACUUCUCAAAAUUGAACUAUCACAGAAAAAUCUAACCCUUGAAAACAUGAAAGUUGAACAUCUUCAACAGAUUGAAGAGCUUGAUGAAAAACUCCAUGAUGUUACCCACCAGAAACAAAUAUUGCAGGCCAGACUUGAGUCUGAACUUCAGAUUCAAUCAGAUGAAGCACGCAAGCGUCAAGAAUUAAUAAAGAGGGAACUUGAUGCUUUGAGAAAUCAACAGCAGCAACUUGAAAAGACUAAUGAAAGGUUGAAAGAGAAAGCAGGAGACAUUCGUCGAACACUUAAAGACCUUACUUUGUCUGAGGAACGCUAUUACCACCUCCGAGCACAGCCAGAAGAUGAAUUGUCUCUUAGAGAUUAUGUAGCUAUUAAAUUCUUCGAGACCAUGAGGCCACUACAGACAGAAGUUUCACAAUUACGAAACCAGAAUAAUACCGUUGAGACUGAAGUGGCCAGUUUGGCCAAAGAAAUGUUGGAACUACAAAAGCAUCUAGAAGAAGAGAGACAAGUUCAUGGGGAGCUUAGAGUCAAAUAUCACAAGAUCAUGACAGAAUUGGCUGAGACUACCAGUAAACUUAAAGUGGAUGAUUACAAAGUGGAGAAUUAUGAUAAAGUAAAAAGUGAGAGAGAUGGAUUAGAACAUGAUUAUAUGGAAACUUCUCGUCAGUAUAUAGCAAUGGAAGCCGCAUUUAACACUAUACAGAAAGAAAGAGAUGAACUAUCUAGAGAGCUGUCAUCGUCCAAGCAAACGAUUGCAUUGUUAAGACAAGACAAAGACUACCUGACUCGCCAACACUCUGACAUCAACAACAAACUAGCUUACAGUGAGGAGAAGCUGCAGCAGCUUAACAGGCAACUAGAGGAUGCUAAACUUGCCAGGGAAGAGAUGUAUGAAAAAUAUGUUUCUUCAAGAGAUCAAUAUAAGUCUGAAUAUGAAAAUAAACUGAAGGAAGAACUAGAACAAAUCAGAGUCAGGACCAACACUGAAAUAGAUAGAUUGAGAACAUCAACUAGAGAAAUGUAUGAAAGAGAAAACAGGAAUUUGAGAGAAGCCAGAGAUAUUGCUCUGUCAGAGAGAGAUAGAACCAUUGUUGCAGAGAGAGAAAUGGCAUCCAAAUAUGAGCACAUGUUGACUGAGUUUCGCCAACUCCAAGCUACAUCAGAAAGCAGACUAUCAGAGAUACAGAAUGAAUUGAAAAUCAAAAUGUUUGAGGCUGAGAGGUCCCAAAUGAUUCAUGGAGAGACUGUGAAAAAUUUGGGUCAGGCAGAAAUGGAAAUUGAAAAAUUGCAGAAGAAAUUAGAGGUUUUAACCAAAGAAUACUAUACUCUCCAAACCUCUCAUGAGAAAAAAGUGGUUGAGUUGGAGGCUAUGGUAUCUGAGAAGAAAGCUAAACUAGAAACCUAUGAGAAGUUAGAACAAGAUCUGGAUGCAGUAGUUAUGCAAGCAGCAGAAGUUGAGGAUGAAAAAGAGGCUGAGAAAGUGUUAUUUUCUUAUGGUUAUGGGGCAAAUGUUGCCAGUACCACAAAACGAAGAAUGCAACAAAGUGUUCACCUGGCCAGGAGGGUCUUACAGUUAGAGAAAACCAACACUGGACUAAGGAAAGAACUGGAGGAGUAUAAAAAUAAAAUCAAUUCUCUUGUCCAGCAGGUAGAGACCAGCAAUAGUUUGCUAGACCAAACCCAACAGCCAUACAGUUACUUAAUUCAGUCUGUCAAGUCAAGGGAUGAGCAAAUCAAUCAACUGAAAGCCACACUUCAAGUUAUGGAGAAAGAUCUCAGUAAAGUGGAGAAAGAAAAACAAGAUUUAAUGAGAACACAUAAUCAGAUGAGCCUAGAUUUGGAGCGACUUCUCAACCAAAAAGAAGAGAUGGCUGUUAUGAAACAAGUGGUUCUCAGUCUGUCUGAGAGAAAGUUUGACCUGAACAAAGCCAAAUCCAGAGACUUCAUGGAACCCAGUAAAUCAGCCUCUACUGGUCACAGAUUUAGAAAUGACUUUGAGAUUCAUGAUGACCUGAAUGUUGUCAAGCCUGGUUCUCUUCAUUUAGUCAAACCCAAGUCCUCAGCUCGACCCAGACCAGACAGACGAACUAACUCAACAAAGUUUUCCAAAGUAUAUGGUGUAGCCAAGUCUUGAACCAAAUUUUGUCACUUAUACAUUUUUUUUAGUAUUUAUUUUUUUUAUAUAAUAUAUUUUAUUUGCACCUGUAUGAACAAAAUGAUUAAAAAAUUUUUGUUUGUAGUCUGUAUCAUGUAUAGAACGUAUUGCCCAUCUUGGAUUUCUAAAUGUCUUGUCAUUAGCUUUCUCUAGGAAAUAGAAAAUGACUCACAGUCUAGGUGGAGACGUAACUCUUUCUCUUUGCAAUGACGCUACUAGUGUUGUUUUGAUGUGGACCUAGUGCGCAGAAUGCUAGCAUCCUCGAAGUUUUAACAUUUUUAAUUUCGUUUUCUUAAAACUAGAAUAGCUUCUCUUUGCUAAUCAUCCAGAAUUUCCUUUUUUCAAUGUGUUUUUUUUCCAAGUAGGAUGUUUUAAAAAAGUGUUUUUUUUUUUGAGAGGCACCAAUUUGUUUAGAAUGUUCUGAAUGGUAGUGAUAUGGUAUAAUGAUCUCAAGACAAUCAUUUUAUAUGUCUUUAAAAUAUGUUAUAUUUAAAGUUUUGUGAAAAUAUGAAUAAACGUCACAUAAAGAAAUAGUUUUUAUUUAUUUGGAUAAUAAUAUAUUUGCUAGAUCUGGUCUAGAUCUAGAGCUGUUGAUUAGCCUACAGUUGGUCAGUUUUCUUUGUUCCUAUGGUAGUUACAUUUAUAAUAAUGCUCAAGAUUUCCAUUUUAUGUGCUUUAAAUAUGUUAUGUACAGGUAUAUAAAGAUUUGUCACAAUAUGGAUAAGUAUGAUGACAUUUUUUUUUUUCCAUUUUGAUCAAAAUUUUUUUUCCUGAAUCUGGUCUAGAUCUGGAUCUUAAAAAUAUUAAAAAUAAUUUGUGCUAUUUAAAAGGGACAUGCAUUCUCCUUUAAUUCUAUACCAAAUAUAACAUUUUCUGAUUACAAAGAAAAGGUUUUAUGACCUUAAAGAUUACUUUCGCACUCCAAAAGGGUGAACAAAUUAAUUCUGUCCAAAUGUGGAAAAUUAUUCAGGAAUGUUUUAAGUCUAGUGUCUAUAGGUAUACAAUGUUGCAAAAUAAAAUCAAACAUAAUCCCAUAAAUAACAAUUUACUAUUCAGAAAGUAGCAUUCAUCAAAAGAGGAUACUUAGGAUAGUCUUCACUAACCUUUGACAACUUUAAACAAAAAAAAAUGAUGAAUGUCUCAAUAUCUAGCUUUUGUCUGUUGUAAGACAUACUAGUCUAUAUAUAUAUAUCUCUAGAAUGAUAUAUUUGGGCUAAGGUAAUCUCUCAACAAUUUGCUGAGUAGCCAUUAGAAAUAAGUAGACUGAAAUUAAAGGGAAAAAAAAGACUCUUAGCUCAGUCCUUUACUUCUCCGCCAAAACACCCUGAGACCUAAAUAGUUUUAAAAUGAAAUAAUUUUACUUUGUAGAUGUGGCAUGGUUACUUCAUAGUCUGGUAAGAAACAACUUGUGCAAUGAGUGUUGAUGUAAUUGAGAAAUAUCUUUUAUUUGCUAAAUGAUUAUGUGCAUGCAUGGCUUAGACUCUAGAAGGUUGGCACUGCAACUACAAAGUGUUAAUUCUGUAAUGAUUACUAAAGCAAGUCACUUGUGGUGGGUCAGUAAGAUUUCAAAACAUACAAAAUCUCACUUCUACACAAUGGUGCAUAUAGUAAUACAAACAAACUGUGAUACUUCAUUUUCAUUUCUUGUUAUUCAAUGUAUAUCUUUACAUUUUUUUAUUCACUGUAUCUGAAUAUCCAUGAAUGCUUUAAGAGGACAUAUUUUGUGUAUCAAAAUAAUUAAAAAAAUAAUAAAUACACACUUUUUUACAAAUAAAAAAAAAA